GCUCCCUGGGGAAGGGAAUGCAGGGUUACUGGGGCUGGGCCCAGAGGCAGCAGCACCAGGGAAAAGGAUUCGAAAGCCUUCUCUGCUGUACGAGGGAUUCGAGAGCCCCACAAUGGCUUCUGUGCCAGCUUUACAACUGACCCCUGCCAACCCACCACCCCCUGAGGUGUCCAACCCCAAGAAGCCAGGCCGGGUAACGAACCAGCUGCAGUACCUGCACAAGGUGGUGAUGAAAGCUCUGUGGAAACACCAGUUUGCAUGGCCCUUCCGGCAGCCUGUGGACGCUGUGAAGCUGGGUCUGCCGGAUUACCACAAAAUAAUAAAACAGCCUAUGGACAUGGGUACUAUCAAGAGGAGACUUGAAAACAAUUACUACUGGGCUGCCUCAGAAUGUAUGCAGGACUUUAAUACAAUGUUUACCAACUGUUAUAUUUAUAACAAGCCCACCGAUGACAUUGUCCUAAUGGCACAAACCCUGGAAAAGAUCUUCUUACAGAAAGUGGCCUCAAUGCCACAAGAGGAACAAGAGCUUGUGGUGACCAUCCCUAAGAACAGCCAUAAGAAGGGGGCCAAGUUAGCAGCACUCCAGGGCAGUAUUACCAGUGCCCACCAGGUGCCUGCUGUUUCUUCUGUGUCGCAUACAGCCCUGUAUACACCACCGCCUGAAAUACCUACCACUGUCCUCAACAUUCCCCACCCGUCAGUCAUCUCUUCUCCCCUUCUUAAGUCCCUACAUUCUGCUGGGCCCCCACUCCUCGCUGUAUCAGCAGCUCCUCCUUCUCAGCCCCUUGCCAAGAAAAAAGGCGUUAAACGGAAAGCAGACACCACCACCCCUACACCUACAGCCAUGCUGGCUCCUGGCUCCCCAGCUAGUCCCCCUGGGAGUCUUGAGCCAAAGGCAGCCCGGCUUCCUCCUAUGCGUAGAGAGAGUGGCCGUCCAAUCAAACCCCCACGGAAAGACUUGCCUGACUCACAGCAGCAACAUCAGAGCUCUAAGAAAGGCAAGCUGUCGGAACAGCUGAAGCACUGCAACGGUAUCUUGAAGGAGCUGCUCUCUAAGAAGCACGCUGCCUAUGCCUGGCCCUUCUAUAAACCCGUGGACGCUUCUGCCCUCGGCCUCCACGACUACCACGACAUCAUUAAGCACCCCAUGGACCUCAGCACUGUCAAGCGGAAGAUGGAGAAUCGUGAUUACCGGGACGCACAGGAGUUCGCUGCUGACGUGCGGCUCAUGUUCUCCAACUGCUAUAAGUACAAUCCUCCUGACCAUGAUGUUGUGGUCAUGGCACGGAAGCUACAGGAUGUGUUUGAGUUUCGCUAUGCCAAGAUGCCAGAUGAGCCGCUGGAACCGGGGCCUUUACCUGUGUCUACCGCCUUGCCUCCUGGGUUGGCCAAGUCAUCCUCAGAGUCUUCGAGUGAGGAGAGCAGUAGUGAGAGCUCCUCUGAGGAGGAGGAAGAGGAGGAUGAAGAUGAUGAGGAGGAGAGCGAAAGCUCGGACUCUGAGGAAGAAAGGGCCCAUCGCCUGGCAGAGCUGCAGGAGCAGCUUCGGGCAGUCCAUGAACAACUGGCUGCCCUAUCCCAGGGCCCAAUAUCUAAGCCUAAGCGCAAGAGGGAGAAAAAGGAGAAGAAGAAGAAACGGAAGGCAGAGAAACAUCGGGGCCGAGUUGGGAUGGAUGAAGAUGAGGGGCCUCGGGCGCCUCGCGCACUUCAGCCCAAGAAACCUAAGAAAGCAGGGGGUGGCGGGGGUGGCGGUGCUGCUGCGCUAGGCCACCCUGGCUUUGGGACUUCUGGAGGCAGUAGCAACAAGCUGCCUAAAAAGGCCCAAAAGACAGCCCCACCUGUCCUGCCAGCUGGUUAUGAUUCGGAGGAGGAGGAAGAAAGCAGGCCCAUGAGUUACGAUGAAAAGAGGCAGUUAAGCCUGGAUAUCAAUAAGUUACCCGGGGAGAAGCUAGGUCGAGUUGUACAUAUCAUCCAAGCCAGGGAGCCCUCUUUACGUGAUUCAAACCCAGAAGAAAUUGAGAUUGACUUUGAAACACUCAAGCCAUCCACACUUAGGGAGCUUGAGCGAUACGUUUUAUCCUGCCUUCGAAAGAAACCCCGGAAGCCCUACACCAUUAAGAAACCUGUGGGGAAGACAAAGGAGGAGCUAGCCCUGGAGAAGAAGCGGGAACUAGAAAAGCGGUUGCAAGACGUCAGUGGACAGCUUAACUCCACCAAAAAACCUCCCAAGAAAGCGAACGAGAAAACAGAGACGUCGUCUACGCAGCAAGUGGCAGUGUCCCGGCUCAGCGCUUCCAGCUCCAGCUCAGAUUCCAGCUCCUCGUCCUCGUCUUCAUCUUCUUCAGACACCAGCGAUUCGGACUCGGGCUAAGGGGCCAGGCCAGAUGGGAAAGGAAGGCUCGGCAGGACCGGACCCCUGUACCACCCUUCCCCACCACUUCCCCUUGCUGUGACACUUCUGCAUCUCAUCCCUCCAUAGGAGAGCUGGCUCUGCAGGGGGGAGGAAAGCAGGGACAUGGACAAACGAGACUGACUUGAAGCCCUACUGGGAACCACCCGAGGGUGGAGUGUCCCUGUUCAGGAUGAUGGGGGUGGGGCAAGGGUAUGGGUGGGAGUGGGCAUAGGCCUGGCACAAGGCCUCCUGAGGCCGCAGCUGUCCUGUUCACUUCUAAGGGCCCUGUUUUGAGGUUUUAAUUUAUUGAAGCUAGGUGAGGCUGAGGGGGAGCACCACGGCCCUCCCUCCAGCCUCCAUGGGAGGGAAGGAGAGGGAGCUCCUUUUUUUACGUUGACUUUCUUUUCUACUCUUCCCUUUCCCUUCACUCCAUCUGGGGCCUGGGGAUUUUAGUCACCUCUCCAUUUGGCCCCCUGGACUACCUUUUCUUUCUCUUGAUUCUAACUUGUAAAUAAAGAAGAUAUUAUUGAAGUUUUGA